UGCGUAGUGGAGUGUGAGUGUGUGAGCCAGAGAGAAAGGGAGAGCAAGACAGUGUGAGGAAAAGAGAGAGAGAGAGAGACGGUUAGGGAAGAGAGGGAUCUGCACAGAGAGACCGAGGAGCGCUGAAGCGAGUGCUGAGCUCCGGCUGCAGAACGACGCAGGCUGAAGAUUAGCGUCAGUGCCGUAGGAGAAACCAGACAAUGAUCGUCCGUCUCGUUCUCCGUCUCCCCGGCUGUCGUGCGUCUCUCUGCUUCAGCGCUCCCACGUUUCACCCAGCGGCUCCUCGACAGUGUGAGAUAUGAGCUCCAAACACUCGGCCGACUGGAUUCCCUACAGCACCCUGGAUGAUGAGUGCAGUAACCUGCGACAGCAGAAACUCGACAGACAGCGAGCUCUUUUAGAGCAGAAGCAGAAGAAGAAACGUCAGGAGCCCCUGAUGGUGCAGUCGAACCUGGACGGGCGCUCUCGGACCCGCAGAACCCGACAGUGUGAGGAGCAGGCGCCGCUCGUCGAGUCGUAUCUCAGCAGCAACAGCAGCACCGUGUUCCACGUACAAGAGGCUGAGCAGGAGGAGGACAAGGCUGUAGUGGAGGUUCAGGUUCCUCGCUCAGCCAAAAAGUCCAAGCCGCUCUCGUCGACCCCACAAACAGGCAGCGCCAAGAAGGAGAAAAAGGGCAAGCACAAAGGAUCUCACGGAUCAGCCGCGUUCCAGGACGAUGCUCAGGACCUCAGCGGCCAAAUCCAGAUUCUCACAGUGGGACAUUCCUCAGGACCGGACAGCGACACCGAGGUCCAGAGCAAAGCCGUGUCUCAGGCUCAGAGCAAGCAGGACCUGCGGGUCACCAUGCUCAAGAAAGGAAUCUCCAGCAGCAUGAAUUUUGAUGAGGAGGAAGAUGAUGAUGAUGAUGAAGUGAGCUCGAGCUCUUCUCAACUCAACAGCAACACCAGACCAGGCUCGGCCACCAGCAAGAAGUCCAGCAAGGAAGCAGCUUCAGCCUCGACCCCGGUGGCCAGCGAGCCGUGCGUGGACGUGGGCGAUCUGGAGGAGUUCACCUUGAGACCGGCACCGCAGGGCGUGACCAUCAAAUGCAGGAUCACACGAGACAAGAAAGGAAUGGACCGGGGCAUGUACCCCACCUACUACCUCCAUCUUGAAAGAGAAGACGGCAAGAAGAUGUUCCUUCUAGCUGGGAGAAAGAGAAAGAAGAGCAAAACAUCCAACUACCUGAUCUCCAUCGAUCCCACCGACCUAUCGAGAGGCGGCGAGAGCUUCAUCGGGAAACUCAGGUCGAACCUCAUGGGCACCAAGUUUACAGUUUACGACAGCGGGACGAACCCGGUGAAGAGCACGUCGGGCUCGGAGGCCAGUAACCUGCGGCAGGAGCUAGCGGCUAUCUGCUACGAGACCAAUGUUUUAGGGUUUAAAGGUCCUCGUAAGAUGAGCGUCAUUAUUCCAGGAAUGAACAUGGAUCAUGAAAGAGUCUGCAUUAGACCUCGAAAUGAGCACGAAACGCUGUUGGCUCGCUGGCAGAAUAAGAGCACGGAGAGCGUGAUCGAGCUCCACAACAAGACGCCGGUGUGGAAUGAUGACACUCAGUCGUACGUGCUGAACUUCCACGGCCGGGUCACUCAGGCCUCGGUGAAGAACUUCCAGAUCAUCCAUGACAACGACCCGGAUUAUAUCGUGAUGCAGUUCGGCCGAGUGGCCGAGGACGUCUUCACCAUGGACUAUAACUACCCCAUGUGCGCGCUGCAGGCCUUCGCCAUCGCUCUGUCCAGCUUCGACAGCAAACUGGCGUGCGAGUAAGACGGUCGGUCUGGAGACGAGAGGACGUGUGAGAGGACGUCCUAAAUCUCUAAGAAUGACCACAGUGACCUGCAGGCGUCCUGCUUUAACUCUGUGUGAGCUCAGACUGACCGCGCCCGGAUCCGAGAGAGCGUCUCUCUGCUUUUCGGGACGACGGUGACGGACAAAGCACAAAGACCGUCGCACCGACGCGGCCCUCCAUCCUUUUACAUGUUACAUUCUCACCUUACGAUGAAUUCUUGUGUAUCUUCAAUGCUACAGCACGUGCGUUUGUAUUAGCGGUGAAAUCAUCGUCAGGCUCAUCGCUGGAUUAGCUGCAGCUUUCUGAUUAACGCUAACGCUGGCCAUGCUAACGUCACCAUGAGCACCUCUGCGAGUGUCACUGUAUUAACUCAUUCUAACAGGUUAAUGUUAGACGACUUCUAAUUUUGUAAAAUAACAAGUGUGUGUGUGUGUGUGUGUGUGAGAGAGAGUGUGAGGCUAACUCUAGUCAUCUAACACAUCAGCGCAGCGCUUUACGCUUCAUGCCUGUGCAGUGUUUUGUAUUUCUUUUAUUUAUGUAUUUAUACAUCACUCCUCUCGCUGCUGUGAUUUUAUUCAACACCACGUGAACACUUCACACUCAACACUUCACACUCAACACUUCACACUCACUGAAAAUCCGUGAAGAUGCAUGAUUUGGUGUGUAGUGAGACGUAAAUGAAAGGUGUGUGAACGCUGAACACAGAUGCACGACUCGUGAAAAAGUGAACGGACUGAACAGUGCACUUCAUACUGAGUGCUGCUGGAGUGUGUGUGUGUGUGUGUGUGUGUUUUCAUCAAUGUGUUUUUCAGUGAAAAAUUUAA